AUGCUACCAGAAAAUUGGCCAAGUAAUUGGAACAGUGCCGUCAUUCCAUACACUUUCAACUUUUAUUCACCAAGUUCUAAGCGUUUGAUAAGUCUGGUUAAAAAGGGGCUAAGCUAUAUAGAAGAACGCUCUUGUUUAACUUUCGAAGAAUAUGACCCAAGAGAAUUAGCAGAAUUGAAGAAUUUUACGUAUAUCUACUUCAGUUAUUCGGGAGUAUUAGAGGACUGUUGUCUUCCCUUUUUUAAAAAGCGAUAUGGAAGAAGGCUGGUGCUUAUAACUCCACUUUGCACACUUCCUGCAGAAGUUGCUCAUGCCACGAUGCAUGCUUUUGGCUUACAUCAUCAAAAUCAUCAGCCUUUUCAAGAAAAUAAAAUGAAAGCUUUACUGUUUCAUAAUGACUGUCAAAAAAUAGAACAAAAAUUGGAUAUUUUCGAAAGCAGAAUGAAAAAUAUGUAUGAUGUUAAAUAA